GGAAAGUAGACAAAGGAGCGUUGCCGGUACGGGGCUUUCUGUUAUGUUCUUUGGCUCAAGUGCCUCUGUAUCAUGGAAUUUAAAAACCACGAACAUUGUAGCAACUGCAUAAAGCUGUACUGUAACCAACCAAAUGGCUGCAAGAUGACUCAAUGCGUGUUCGGUUGUGGCAUUCAAUUGCAUGCCUGUAAAAUGGAAGAUCACAAGAAUGUAUGCCAGAAAUGUCGAAUUCCUUGUAUAAAUUCAAUCUAUGGUUGUCCAGCUGUAAUCACUAGAGAAAGUUUAAGGACUCAUCUACCACGUUGCCCUGCCAGUGUAAUAUUUUGCACAAUGGAAUGGAAUCGCUAUCCAGUUUAUUCAAAGUCGCGCUUGAGUUGGGUUCCUUUUUUUCAACCGAAUCCAGUUCUAGUUAAAGGCCAUUUAGAUGUAGAGCUGGCCUUUAGGGAUCAAAGAAUACUUCGUGACGUGUUUAGACGUCGUUGCAAGAAAGGGAAAGCCAAAGUGGAUCUACUUAGAACGUCUGGUGGAUCUUUGACGACCUCGCCGAAUCAACAUGGCAAUGGCCCCCAACCUGCGGCAACGAGGAAAUUGGCGAUGGCUUUAGCGCUGUCUUCGUUAGAAAAUAAACUACGAAAAAAACGUGAUGGUGGACAAUAUUCAGGAGAAGAGGUCGAAAGUGAAUUUUUCUCCGAACUUGAAACUGACUACGAAGAGGAAAGUUCUUGUGACGGUGGACAUGAGAUUAAACUUCACAGGCUACCCAAGGUCCAAGAUAAUGAGCCUGACUUUGAUGGAGAUAGAGAGCCACCUUUUGGCUCCCACACUGGCAAUAAUAUACCACCCCCUCCAAAUCACUUGCCAGUCUAUCUUGACCAACCACUUGGACUGAAUGUUGUCGUGGAAACCUUACCCAAGUUUCAAAAGCAAUUUCCAAUGUAUUCCAUACCUUGCAGUCAAGUGUUUCGUCGAGAUGAAUACAGUGGGCAUUUCAAAAAUGUCCACAGUGAUAUUCAGGGGGGACUUAAUGGCUGGUUAGAGCACCGCUGCCCACUGGCACAGUAUGGCUGCACCUUUGUUCGGUAUAGGCUUCUCCCUCACAGUCAAAAUGGAGCAGUUAUUUUUAAUCAGGAACUUGGAAGCUUUGGCAUUAAACCAUGUGGACAUUUCAGUGGAGUUGAAAAAUGCACAAGUCCUUCCACAGUUACUGCUCAAGGUGAUACUACACAGAUAUCUGCCAAAUCCAACAUGGACCUUCUCACCUCUUUACCUUUUGAGAUCCUGGAGAAGAUAGCAAGUUACUUGGAUGGGUUUAGUCUGUGCAACUUUUCUCGGACUUGUAAGCUUGUCAGAGAAAUUUGUAGAAGUGUGCUGGAAACAAAGGGAAUGGUCCUGUUCGAAUGGGAAAAGAGAAUUUAUGACAGUGGCAGCUGGUGUUGGAGGAUAAGGCAAAAGGUUUGUAUCAAUAUAUUUUAGUAUUUACCAAAUCAGUGAAUAGCAAUUUUUGCACAUUUUGAUUGACUCCCGUAACUCUGAAUAUCCUUGGCUAUUCACCAUUUUGCAACCAGAGCCAAGAUCAAGAUGGUGUCUCGUAUUGAGACAUUUUCGGAAGGCGAAAUUUGAGCGAUAAAUGAAGCAGUCAUACAAUUUUAAACAAAUAAACACCAAGAAAGCUACAAACUUUGACUUGUCCUUGGUUACUGGUAGAUAGAGAAAUACUUUCAUGCUGAAUUUGCAACAAAAUCGUAUCAAUGCACUUAAAAAAUCCUCGAAAUGUUUGUAAAUUGUAAACAAAGUUCCUACUAAGAUGGUUUUGGUUACGAAAAGUUACUUUUUUCUUUUUUAUCUAGCUGAUUUGGUAAAUACUAAAACAACUAUCCCCCUCAAGGUCAGUGAACAGUGGUAGAUGUAUACCUUGACGCUUUGUGUCUCAGUAUAUAACCACCGCUAUUCACCUACCCUUCUGGAGAUAGUUGUAUAUCACAUGUAUUUCUAGCUAUCGGUGAUUAAUACCUUUCAUUCAUUGGAACUUUCUUUCAUGGAUUACAGUGGUCACUUUUUUAGUAAUGGUUCAUAACUGAAUUGUUUCUCAUGACAUUUUUGCAAUACAGGUACUAUGGCUCUUUAUGAUUUAAGAGCCUUACAUCUUAAAAGUUGUAAGCCCACUACUGAUAAAAGCUUCACCCAAAAAGGAUACAUGUAACAGUCAACUGUAUCCCGAUUGGGAUACAUUUGAUUUUAGUCAAGGCCACGUGACCAAGAAUCAACAAAUGGCAGUCCCUGUUGAGUUGAGCGAAAGUCUACAUGUAGGAAUAUAACAAUGGACAUUAUUAUACACCCUGUACAGUGUAAUUACCUAGAAUGUCUUAUUCUUACCCUUGGUGCAGAAAACAUUGGUUGCUUAUGGGAGGUGGUCAUCUUCAAGGACAAUCACAAAAUUGAAUCAAAUUGGAAAGACUCCACAUGUUGUAUCUAGUUUCAAUGCAUUAUCUUAUUGACUCAUGGUCAAUAAUCAAGCAAAAAAAAAUGGGCACUGUUUUUUAUUACAGAGAUGGUAUUUCUCCACAUCAUUCUCACCAGUUGACAAGUGGGUUCAUUCCAACUCCCCAUUCAUGGCAGCACACUUGGAAGAAUGCAAGUACUUUGAUCACAGUGUUCCUUCAGAAGAGUUUAGUUACUGUUUUAUCGUUCAAUCCUGUGAUGCAGGCAGUACAUGUAAUGGGGACGGCAAUGGUGAAAACAGUGAAAUAGGUCUUGAAUAUGCACUAGCGCAUGGGGAUGAGGAGGCUGAUCAAAUAGGAUUGGAAUGUCAAAUGAGUGAAGAGAGCCUAAGUGAUAGUGAAAAAUCAGUAGAUUCUGAUUGUCAGUUGCUGGAAGGGGAAAAUUAGGGUUAUAAUAAUUAAAUUAUCAAGAGCUGACUUGCUGGUUUUUUCAUGCAAAAAAUGGACUAUUUGGCAAAAUUAGGUAAAAAUAGGUUUAUUAUUAGCCACACCCACUAAAUA